GUUUCAGUGUUUACUGUUUACUGUGUAGUCAGCUGCUACCUCCUGCCCGUGGUUUUGCUGAAAUUUUUGUGUGCCCUUCUCCAGACUGUAGAACUGAAUCCAUGGACCAGAAGCCAACUAUGUGGAUAAAAAAAGAGGGAACAGAUGAAAUAAAAUCUGAGUUAUGCUUCAUGGCCCAAGUUUACCCAUUCAGCAUGAAUGUAAAAGAAGAGUUGGAGGAGGGUGCGAAUAAAGAGACUGUUAAAGAUCCAUUGGGAAUAUCUUGGCCCACUGAUUUUAUCAAGGAGGAUCCCGAAUUAAAUUUGGAAAUGAAUAUAACUGAGAAUAUUGUGGAAACCUCAACAAGAUACACAUAUGAUAGUGCAAGAUUGACUCAGAGUACUGGUGGGAGCUGCGGCACAGCAUGUGAAGAAACUUGUCACCAUAGAGUGGUCCAGGAUGAGUUGGUGACAGACAUGGAGAAGUCAACACACGAGUUUGGUACCAAUAUAGAUGAUGUGACUAUUGAUAAGGAAUGCUCAGUUGCCACCCGAUAUGACUGUGCUAUGAGGGAAAAGGAAUUACAUGUAUAUAUCUGUAAUUUCUGCCAACAAAGCUUUCCUUCAAAAUACAGACUCAUAAUGCAUGUGUUUAUGCACAUUGAUGGCACGCAACCACCUUUGUAUGUUUGUAAGUGGUGUGGUGAGGUAUUUCACAGUGAUGUUAGUUUGAAAAAACAUUUGAAAAUGAGUGAGUAUUAUGUCUUAACUGCUGGCAACCAUGAAACAUAUGGCUAUAGUGAUAAGCAUGAAAGCAGCAUCUUCUUGGAUAGUGAUCCAGUAGUUUCUGUUGCAGAAGACAAUGAGCAGCCUUCAUAUAAGGAAACUAGGAAAGCUUCAAAGAAGUCCUCUAAUGACAUGUGUAACACACAAAUGGCAAAUUUUGCAGAGAAAACAAGUGAUUAUGGAACUUCAUCUAUAGCUGUUAAUAUCAGUGCCCAGGCUGAUCUACCUACUGCAACAAGAACCGACAAAUGUGAUAUUUGUGACAAAUUGUUCGCAAGGUCAGGUGAUCUCAAGAGUCAUGUAUUCAUAAACAGCAGGAAAAGACCACACAAAUGUGACAUACGUGACAAAUCGUAUGCCCAGUCAGUUUGUCUCAAGACACGCGUAUUAAUUCGCACUGGAAAGAAAUCUCACAAACAUGAGAUGUCUGGGAAAUCUUAUGCUAGGGAUCUCAAAACACAAUCAUUAAUUCAUACCGGAAAGAAACCCCACAAAUGCGAUAUUUGUGGGAAAUCUUUUACUGCGGCAGGCAAUCUCAAGAGACACACAUUUCUUCAUACUGGAAAGAAACCUCAUAAAUGUGAGAUUUGUAUGAAAUCUUUUGCUAGGUCAGACGAUCUCAAGAAACAUGUGUUCACGCACACCGGGGAAAGACCUCACAAAUGUGAUAUUUGUGGAAAAUCGUUUGCUUUCUCAAGCGACCUCAAGAGACACGUAUUAAUUCACACAGGAAAGAAGCCUCACAAAUGUGACAUAUGUGGGAAAUGUUUUUCUACUUCAGACAGUCUCAAGACACAUUCCAUAAUUCACUCUGGAAAGAAACCUCACAAAUGUGAGAUUUGUGGGAAGUGUUUUACUGUGUCAAGCAAUCUCAAGACACAUUUAAAAAUUCACACUAGGAAGAAACCCCACAAAUGCGAUAUUUGUGGGAAAUCUUUUUCUACUUCAGACAGUCUCAAGACACAUUCCAUAAUUCACUCUGGAAAGAAACCUCACAAAUGUGAGAUUUGUGGGAAGUGUUUUACUGUGUCAAGCAAUCUCAAGACACAUUUAAAAAUUCACACUCGGAAGAAACCUUACAAAUGCGAUAUUUGUGGGAAAUCUCUUUCUACUUCAGACAGUCUCAAGACACACUCACUAAUUCACUCUGGAAAGAAACCUCACAAAUGUGAGAUUUGUGGGAAAAGUUUUACUGUAUCAAGCAAUCUCAAGACACAUGUAUUAAUUCACACUGGGAAGAAACCUCACAAAUGCGAUAUAUGUGGGAAAUCUUUUGCCAGGGCAGGCAGUAUGAAGAGACACUCCCUAAUUCACACGGGAAAGAAACCUAACAAAUGAGAGUUGUGGCAAGUCAUUUGCUAGAUCAGGUGAUCUCAGGACACAUGCAGUAGAACACAUUGGAAUGGGACCUCCCAAAUGUCAUACGUGACAAGUUUCACGGAAUUGGGUACUCUAUAGACACAUGAAUUACUUCACAUCAGAAAGAAACUCCAUGAUUUGUGAAGAAGUAUAGAUGUAUUACAUCUUUUCAUAAGGUUAUGGUUUUUAUCACCCUUCAGCCACUUUCCACAGAUGUUCACAACAGUAGCAUAGAUUCAGCCAACGAGCUUCACCACUUUUGAGGCACUAGUUCCCAACUGCAAUGACAUUGUAACUUGCCCUUUGCUAAAGUCACUUACAUCAUCUUGUUUACAUGCUCGCAUCCCCUCUAAAACAAUACCUUGUUAAUCUCUGGUCUGCUUACUGCAACAUGUGGCAUUCGUUCUCCUCACAGGCAGCGUUCAUGACAUUUAUGCUCAUCAGUGCAUCUUCAGGUAAAUGGAUCAGGUGCGAAAAUGUGUAAUCUAACAUAUGCACUGUGCUUUGUUGCCAUUUACAUCAGUGCACAGUAGCUAUAUUUUUUGUGAAAUUUAUGUUUCACAAAGCUCUGUAUAUGAUUCAGACACACUGUAGAUAAGUGUUAUGCACCAAAGCUCUUAAUUAUUUGUUCAGCGAUUAAUACUGUGCGAGUUCUACACGAAAUAAAAUAGGUAAACAAAUAUUAGGUGUUAUGAUUUGAUUGCAGUUAUUUCUAUACCAAGAACAACUCUCAGAAUGUGAGUACUAAAUAUUUCUUGUGUUACGUUCAAAGAUGUUUCCAUUGUGGAUAUUUUUAUUAAUU